AUGCUGCCAAGUGCUUCUAAGAUCACCACGGCGGGUGCCAGCAUAGAGGGAGCCUCCGAAGAUGACGAGGGCUUCCGGUUUAAAGGCGGCAUGGACGCCUGCACGGAGGGCAUAUGGGUCUGGUCCGAGCCCUUCUUGCGAGAGCUGGAUGGCAAACAGGUCGCUGUGCUGCUCAUGGACACACAGGGCGCCUGGGACAGCAACAUGACCAAGGAGCAAUCUGCCACUGUCUUUGGCUUGACUGCCGUGCUUUCAUCAAAGCAGAUCUACAACAUCAACAUGCAGAUACAGGAGGACAAGGUGGAGAACCUGGCCUACUUCAUGCGCUUUGCCCAAGCGGAGCUCAACAAGGCGGCCAGUGAGAUGGAGCGAGAAGGCAAGGCGCUGAGCCGGGACGAGAUUGACAGACCCUUCCAGUCCCUGGAUUUCCUUGUCCGCGAUUGGCGCCACUUCAGGGACGACUGGACCGUGGAGCAGUGUAUGGAGCAGAUGCAGCAGCACCUUUCCCGUCACGUCAACCCGCAGAAGAUGGUGGAGAACAGCACGGCCGAGGCAUUGCACGAGAUGUUCAAGCGCUUGACGUGUUUUUGCCUGCCACACCCCGGGCUGAUCAUCGAGAAGGACACCUGGACUGGCAAGGUCGCUGACAUCAACAGGGACUUCAUUCGGUUCAUGGACAUAUACGUCCGAGACGUGUUCACCACAGGUCUGAGCACCAAGAAGAUCUUGGGCUCAGAGUUAAGCACAAUGAGCUUUCCGCACGUCCUCCGGAACUUUGUCAAUGCGUUUCACGAUGCGGCUCCAGCCGCCAUGUCGUUUACGCAGGCGAUGACCAAUUGCACGGUGCUGCUGGCAAAGGAGCAGGCCAUGAAAAGCUUCAGCAAGAAGAUGGAUGAGGAAGCAUCGAAGCAUCCCAGAGGCAUGAAGCCUGAAGACUUCGCCAGCAUCUCCGGAACAGUCACUCGCCUCGUGGAGGACGAGUACAAGUCCGUCACCAUCUUUGGGUCAGACGACACCAGAAAAGACACCUGGAGCGAAAUUUGCGAAAACUUGGACAGGCUCCGAAAGAGGUACGAGGAGGAGAACGCCAGACGGUUAGAGAAGGCACUGGUCGCUUUCGCGAACAUCAGCUUGAUUGGCUUAGCGCUCUUCGUGCUGGACCGCAUCAGUGACUGGACUUGCGACUGGUGGUCGCAGACAUGUACGGACUUGAGUAAGAUUAUGCUCCUAGCCUAUGUGCUCAUCUUUGGGUACGUGGGUGUGCAAGCAUACCUAGCGCUGCAUGAUCGAGGGCGAGUCGCUGCUGCCAUGGCCGGCGGCGAGCUCUGGAAAGAGAUGGUUCGCUUGAUUGGCCUGUACGGAGAGCUCUUGCAGGAGAUGGAGCUGAAAGAAGUACCUGGCUGGAUCAAGGAGCAGGCCAUAUCUUUGUGCAAUUCGGUCUCAGGUGGAAGUGCCGCCGCAGACACCAAGAAGAAGGACUGA